CCUACUGUCCUCAAUCAACUGUUAAAGCAGCAAGCGCAACAAGCCACUUCCGGAAAGGUAAAGCCGCACUUACCCGGCCUGUAAUAUGGAUACCGCCUGCGAAAGCGUAGAGCAGGUUUCUGGCGAAGUGGUGUCCGUGGCCCAUGCUCUUUCUCUCCCAGCCGAGUCAUAUGGCAACGACCCUGAUAUUGAGAUGGCUUGGGCCAUCCGAGCAAUGCAGCAUGCCGAAGUCUAUUACAAAUUGAUUUCAUCAGUUGACCCACAGUUCCUGAAACUCACCCAAGUAGAUGACCAAAUCUACUCUGAGUUCCGUGAAAAUUUCGAGAAGCUCAGGGUAGAUGUAUUGGACCCAGAAGAACUCAAAUCAGAAUCAGCUAAAGAGAAGUGGAGGCCAUUCUGCUUAAAAUUUGAAGGGAUCGUAGAAGACUACAACUAUGGUACUUUGCUACGACUGGAUUGUUCCCAGGGUUACACUGAGGAGAACACCAUCUUUGCACCCAGGAUUCAAUUUUUUGCAAUUGAAAUUGCUCGGAACCGGGAAGGCUAUAACAAAGCAGUUUCCGUCAGUAUUCAGGACAAAGAAGGAGAGAAAGGAGCUGACAAUAAAGAAGAGGAAGCUGAGAAAGGAACUGAUAGUGGAGGAGAAAAAGAGGAAGGAGUCAACAGAGAAAAGUAAAAAACUAACCAGGGAGGAGAAAAAGAAAGCCAAGAAACAUGUGACUCAGCUGAACCCACGAGUAUCAGGUGCUACUUGCACUGACCCCUUUGAUUACCCUUGUGCAAACGGAGGACUGAGAAGGACUUCUUUCUAGCUAGUGAGAGAGGUUGCUCUGGGUGUAAUUGCUUAAACACAAUUAGCAGAGUCUCUUAGUUAAUUGUUGCUUGAUACCCCGUUUCUUGGCUGUAACUGUUGCUGAAGUUAAGAUAUUUUGUAAACAAAUUCCUUUUGGUUUGUAUUACUUAUGACUGACUUUGGAGAGUAUUUACAUUUAUGUGAAACUUCAAAAAAAAUUCAUAUAUAUAAUCUCAUCACCAUGUCUCAUAUAAUACUGUCUGUUUGUUAAUUCUUCUCACUGUUCUCAGUAAUGAAAUUCUCUUAAUGUAUUUAGCCUGUACCUGGUAUUGGCAUUAAAAGUCCAUAUAUAGGAACUGACUCUUAGCCAGGCGUAGUGGCUCAUACUUGUAAUUCCAUGGAAGGAUGAAAUAAGAGAAUUGCAUGACUUUGAGGCCAGCCUGAGUUAUAGAGUGAGACUGUGUCUCAAAAAUAAAUUGUUUAAAAAAGAA